AUGGCGUUACGUAUACCACAAACAAAAAUGACUACUAUACGACAACAGCGUCGUGCCGAACCCUAUCUUCGUUCCGAACCAUAUGUUCGUUCAACAGCAGCAUCAGCAACAAAAACAGAUUCAAUAAAUUUAAUCAAUAAUGAAAUAACUUCAAGUGAUAAUCGUUCAUCAAAUAUAUCUCCUCCAAGUCUUCCGCCUCCGCCUCCUCCUCCUCCUCCUCCUCCCCCUCCUUCAUUACCAUUAACUCCAUCAUCAAUAACACCAUUAACAUCAUUAACAAAUUUAAAAAGUCCAUCAUAUCGUAUCACUGUUGAUGAUCUUCAUCAAUCUCCACUUCUUCAAAAUUUAUCUUCAACAAAUAAUGAUUAUCGUUCAUCAAUAUCAUCAACUAAUAUUAAUAAAAAUAAUUCAACAAUAUCAAGACUAAUUGAAAAUCGUCGAGAAUCAGAUUCAAAUUCAAUAAAUAAAGAACAACAACAACAACAACAACAAACAGCUCCGAGAAUUCGAGAAAUAAGUUCAAAUGUUGGUUUUGUUUCAUUACCAGACCAAGUUCAUAGGCGAGCUAUUAAAAAAGGUUUUGAAUUCAACUUAAUGGUUGUUGGUCAAUCCGGUUUGGGAAAAUCAACAUUUAUAAAUACAUUAUUUCAAACAGAACUCUAUGGUCAAGAUUUUCCAUCAACUGUUCAUCGAAAAAAGAAAACUGUAACAAUUGAUUCAUCAUCAAUUAUUUUAAAAGAAAAAGGCGUACAAUUACGUUUAACUAUUGUUGAUACACCUGGCUUUGGAGAUUCAGUUGAUAAUUCGAAUUGUUGGCAACCUAUUAUUGAUUAUAUUGAUUCGAAAUAUGAAGAAUAUCUAAAUGCCGAAUCUAGAGUUAUUCGUAAAACACAUAUUAUUGAUAAUCGUGUUCAUUGUUGUCUAUAUUUUAUUACACCCACUGGUCAUAGUCUUCAAUCAUUAGAUAUUGAAUUUAUGAAACGACUUCAUGAUCGUGUCAAUAUAAUACCAGUUAUAGCAAAAGCUGAUACAUUAACAUCAGAUGAAUUACGUUUAUUUAAAAAAUCUAUUAUGCAAGACAUAACAAAUGAAAAAAUCAAACUUUAUGAAUUUCCUGAUUAUAAUAAUAAUGAUGAAAAUAAAUUAAAUAAAAUUUACAAAGAUAAAGUUCCAUUUGCUGUUGUGGGAAGUAAUUUUGUUUUAGAACGUACAAAUAAACGUACAAGAGUUCGACAAUAUACUUGGGGAACUGUCGAUGUUGAAGAUGAAGCUCAUAGUGAUUUUAUUCCAUUAAGAAGUAUGAUUAUUAAAACACAUUUGAAUGAUUUACGUGAUGUUACACAUAAUAUUCAUUAUGAGAAUUAUCGUUAUAAAAAAUUAAGUUCAUUCAAUGGAAAUGAAUCAAAAAAUGGAAAAACAUUACAAACAUGUUCAAUUAAUAAAAAUUUAUUAUCACAAUUAGAAGAUGAACGAAUGGAAACAGAAGAAAGAUUAGAGAAAAUGUCUCGAGAUAUGGAAAAUGUUUAUCAAUCAAAAGUUGAAGAAAAAUUACAAAAACUUGAAGAAAAUAAACGAAAUCUUUUAAGAACUCAAGACAAUUUUCGAUUAAAUAUUCAACAAGAAGAAGAAAAACUUGAACGAAAACGUCAAGAAUUUGAAAAUAUUCGACAUCAAUGGGAAGAAAGUUUCAAUAAACCACCAUUUAAUGAUCAAAAUAUUUCAAUCUCAAAACCAACAAAAAAAGGUCUUUUCUAA